AUGGAUCUUAAUCCUAGUGAUCCUAUUAAUAUUAAUUCCAAUAAGAGACUAAAUGAGGGAGAUUCAACUGCAGGUUUCGCUCAUAGGGAAAUUAAAAAUGAAACUGUUACAAUACGAGAAAAUCCAUUACAAGAUGAUUUGAAUUCACGUGAUGCCAUUCAAAAUCCAUCUAAAGAUAUCAAUUUGGAUUCAGUUACAUCAAAAAAUCUUCUUCAUAAAAAGUCGUUAAGUAUUUUUCAGUUAGUUAUCAUUUUUAUUUUUUUCCUUCGUUUUAAGAAAACUUACUCUCUUAAAUUGAAAGCUAAAAAUGAAAUGAAUGUUAGGUUGCAGAAGAUAUUGAAUAAUUGCGAUAAAAAGAUGAAAGAUGAUUUGGAAAAUGAAAUGCUAGAAGAAAAAAAAAAAAUGGAAGAUGGUCAAAAGAAACUGCUAAAAAAAAAAAAAGAAAUGGAACAUAGGGAAAAGGGAGUUCUAAGACAUAAGGAAGAGUGGGAAAGAACGCUAAAAGAAAAGCAUGUGUGUCAUGAGAGUAUGCUAAAAGUAUUAGAAGGGCGGAAAAAGAAAAUUACAGAAGAAGGCGAAAAAUGGGAAAAGAGAAUGAUAAUAGAAAAAAUGGAGUUGGAAAAGAAAAUGCUAAAAAAUAAGGAAGAGGGGGAAGAGAGAAUGCUAAAAGUAAUUGAAAAGUUUGAAAAGAAAAUGCUAAAAGAAAAGGAGAGUGGGUGGUUAAUAAAAGGCUUCAUUAAGCUUUUUGGUAAUAAAAAGAACUAG